CAGCCGAAAGCCGUUUUCGUCGAUUGAUUAUCUACAACCUCCGCCGUUGAUACCGAGGAGGAAACCAAAUAUUAUUUUACCAAGCGUUCCCACAUUGGAUGGUCGGACCACGCAGCAUCAAACUCUUGGGAAGAUUGAUGGGACACGCGCGAUGCCACCGUUUUCGCCUGCCCCUCUAUUGCGUGCCAUCAUCAGCCAACGGGCCACAGAUCAGCUCACCGCGUCUUGCGGAUCUUCUCCAGAUUGUAUAGAAGUGUUCUGCGGAUGGCCAGUAUCAGGGCAAUAUGGGUUUGGCCAACGAAUCCUAUAUUACAUUCUUCUAGCAGUAUGCGUACUAGCUCGGGGAGAAAAAUGGAUCAGAGAUGUCUGUAUAGCAGCGGCGUUGAUCCUGCCGGCCGUGGCUGCGGUUCACGGCAUCGUCCUUGCUGUGCUCCACGUGGAUGACGCUGCCGAUAUGGAUAUUUACGGAGCACUUCAGUUUUGUUCUAUAGGCAUUCUCGCAGUUCCAUUGACGGUCAAGAAGUCUGAGACCUACUUCCAUGAAAAGGGACGCAAUACUGUCUUUGUGUGGACGAGUCUACUACUGGCAGGUCUUGUGAGCUUAGCUGUCGAAUUCUACCGAUCCAAUUCCAUUCCCUGCUAUCAGGAUAAUAACGGCAAUCCAAUAUCGUCGGACCCAAGAAAGUUUCCGUACGGAGAUAGUCCAUUAUGCGGUAUUACCUGUUCCCAGACGGACGGUCCGUUCUCACGCCUGCGGCAAAAGGCCGCCAGUGAGAUAUUCGUGGUGCCGAGACCAAACGAGCUACGGUUCGGAAAUGCAAUGUUCCUCGCGGUGGCAUGCUGUGUUCCAGCCAUCAUCUCGCUCAUCUCUAUGAGGAACAAGAUUGUCAUCACCGAUUGGAUCAAGAAGCAGAACGGGCCGCAGAAGGAAAAAGAAAACGAGUCCGAGGAGUCCAAGGACUUACACGGAACCGUUAGCGGGUUCCUGAGUCUGAUAGAGAUCUUUGUUUUCGGCGGCGCUGCGUUGGCUAUACUCAUCCUCGGAGAGAUCAACCUCUGGAGUCCACAGAUGGAUUAUCACACUGAGCCAUUCGGAAGUGUUGGCCAGUGGGGCACCAUUGUUGCGACGGGGCUAGCAAUCGUAGGAUCGUUCCUCAUCUACCUACUCGACGGUAUUAAUGAAGCCCCGAAAGACCCGCUUAGCUUCUGUGGCUGCGAGCAUUGCCAUUGGGUCUAUAAUCAGUCUCGAGAGAUAGACGCAGAGUCUUUCCGGGAAAGCGAAGAUGGGCAUGCAGACCACGUUGAGCAUGGCUUCCCCCAACUCACGAACUCAUCCACGCGUGGGACUCAGGCGACGAAGCAAGGUCAGGGACACAGAAGAAAGGUCUCGGCCGGCUUGGUCAAGGUCGGGAAAUGGUUUGGCAGCACCACAGAAGAUCCAUUCGGGGCCCCGGAUUACAGAGAAAGGAAGUGGCCAGAAGUUCCCGGAGAGCGAUUCAGGAGUUCUACCUUGAGAGAUACGGCUGAACAGUAUAGUACAUACCGGGAACAUGAGCCACAGGAGCCAGUAUCCCCAGGACACCAGUCAGGAAGCGAAGCCGGACCUGCGACACCACGACCAGUAUCACCUAUAUCGCAGGAAUCGCCAUUGUCGCCUCCGCCACGGAGCAGAUCUAGGCCAAGGAAUAAUUCAGAGCCUGUUUAUUCGCGAUCGCCAUCGCGGCAGCGACCAGGCUCACCUUCUUCUCCCACUGGGUCACCCGAGCCUCGGCAAACUCGACGCCGGCAGACUCUCGAGGUUCCAAGUCAACGUCGGUUGUGAAUGUGCAAGACAACGCGAGGCGACGACACUAGAAGUCAAGUGCUGUCUAAGUUUAGACUGAGAGAAAUACUGGGAAGAUUAGAUUUGGUUGAAAGAUGCUUUGUUAAUGAUGGCCAUUUCCACCAUGGGACUUCCCCGUUCUCUGUUGACCACAUUUGUGGAGGCGUUCGGCGUCAGUGCAGCUCAAUAUCCGGCUGUGAGCUCGCAAACGAAUCACAUGUAAGAAUAGAACUAUCAGAAUAGAAUCGUGAGAUAUUUGGUAUGGAUGAGCUGCUUGCUAUGGUUCGAUGAUACCUAGCUUUAGUGCAUUCAACCACGUUCACUUGCAGACGGGAGAAUCGAGGCCGAGUUUCAGAGCACUGGACAACGUCCGUGAUGGUCUGUGCCCAAUUACCUAAGCCAUAUCCAAAGCGACCAGGAUAAUGCCGAGGCCUACCCGACGGCAUCCCCGCCAAC